AUGGCAGAGGCUAUGGAGACAGAGAUGGACUUCUCAGACGGUGAACAACAAACCAAUGCUAAUAAUAACAAUAACAGAGCUUCUCUUGUUGCUCUUUAUGGGAACUCAUCCCUUGGAUUAGAGAAACAACAUCAUCAUGAACAGAUGCUGCUGCCAUUAAUCAUUCCUGGGUCGCUGCUAAUCAGAUUCCUUGUAACACAGGGUCCUUCAGCUGAAGUAGUUGUUUCAGAGCUUCAACAUGCAACGUCUGAGGUAAGUGAGAUUGUGUUUUUCUUACUCGGCGCAAUGACCAUUGUGGAGAUAGUUGAUGCUCACCAAGGAUUUAAGCUUGUUACAGACAAUAUCACCACUCGUAAGCCCAAGACGCUUCUAUGGGUCGUCGGCUUUGUGACUUUUUUCCUCAGUUCGAUUCUAGACAACCUGACGUCUACCAUUGUCAUGGUUUCUUUACUCAGGAAACUGGUUCCUCAAUCAGAGUACCGCAAAAUUUUAGGAGCUGUUGUGGUAAUAGCAGCAAAUGCAGGAGGAGCAUGGAGUCCAAUUGGUGAUGUUACUACAACUAUGCUAUGGAUUCAUGGUCAAAUAUCCACCUUGCCGACUAUUCAGGGCCUUUUUAUACCUUCGGCCGUUUCUCUCGCUGUUCCACUAGCCCUCAUGUCCUUCUCCAGUGAAGUAAAUGGAAAGGGACAAGAUUCAUCAGAUGUAUUGUCUUCUGAAAAGAUGGCUCCAAGAGGGCAACUAGUUUUUGGAGUUGGACUUGGAGCGUUGGUUUUUGUUCCAGUCUUUAAGUCUCUAACUGGAUUGCCUCCAUACAUGGGUAUAUUGCUGGGUCUUGGAGUUCUUUGGAUCUUGACAGACGCCAUUCACUACGGUGAAUCCGAAAGACAAAAGCUCAAAGUACCUCAUGCCUUAUCACGAAUCGACACACAAGGCGCUCUGUUUUUCCUCGGGAUUCUAUUAUCUGUUAGGUAUUGA